UUGACUAUUUCGUUAAGCGUUGCCAUACUGCUGGGUCUAACCAAUUUGAUAGAAAACUCUUGUUUGUGCCGGAAAUUAUAACAAAAUAAUAUAAUAAAAUGCCCGAAAGCGAUGUUACCAAAAUGAAAGUUGCGGAUUUAAAGAGAGAGUUGAAGCUGCGUGGGUUGCCAUUGAACGGCAAUAAAAAUGAAUUACAGGACCGCUUGCAAACGGCGUUGCUGGAAGGCGACAUUUCGCUUGAAGAAAGUGCAAUAGCUGACGCCAUUGACGACGAUGUCUCAUUCACGGAUGAAGACGAGCACAAAUUAUUAGGCGACGAUCACGAGGACUUACUGUUAAAGAGCCCAGUAAGCACACCUACGGCAACAAUAAUACCAGAGUUGUUAUCUCCAACAGCCACGGCGUCGGAUUCUAAAUCAGAAACCAAUGCCGCAUCGUUGCCAAGUAAAAAAAUCGUGCUCAAACGGAACAAUUCACUGCAGCUGUCGACAACGGGCACGACAGCAACGACGACGACAUCAAAGGAAAAUGCUGCCCCCGAUACAGCAGCCAGUGAAGCCGGAUCAUUGGAGGCGGAAAAGAAAACCACAAAAACGCAACGCAAGCCAAUUGUGGUUGGUGGGUCUGCAACACAAAGCAAAGAUUCCUCAUCGACUCAUGACAAGAAGCUAACCGGACUAAGCACACAGGAGCGCUUAGAGAUGCGUGCCAAGAAAUUUGGCAUUGCGCUAGAUGCGAAAACGGCUGCUGUUCCAACCGUAACUAAUUCACCAACGGUUAACAAAUCUUCUUCAGCUUCAAUAAAAGCUAACAAAGGCAACAAAGAAACGGAUGAACAACAGAAGGAGGCAUUGAAGAGACGUGCCGAACGCUUUGGCUGUGUGGUGCCGGAGAAGGCUUCAAAAACCGUAGUCGAUGAGCGGCUGCAAAAACGAAAGGAACGCUUCGGCAAUUCUGCUGUCGGUACAACAACUGCAGCCACCACCGAUCCAAAGGCGCAGGGUGAAUGGGCUGAAAAAGCAAGGGCACGUUUAGAGCGCUUCAAAGUAUCAACUGCGGCUACUGCUGAGCUAACUAAAUAGGCGAAAAGCAUCCUAUGCAAAAAUGUAGCUCAGCAUCCUCUCUUUUAUUUAAGCCACAAUUAACCACCAAUUAUACACAUGUAUCUGUUAAGCAAGAGUAAAUACCUAAAAAGAAUUAAUUUUAUUUUGAAUUGUACGGAG